AUGAAGCUUUUUGCCGCGACAGUUGCCCUCGUCCAGGCCUCCGCCGUCCAGGACCGAAUCGACGUGAUUCUUGGUCAUUUUGACCGUCUCGUCGAGAAUGGCCUCUACGGCGGCAAUGCUAAGGACGAACGAUACGUCGCCAAGAUCCAGAGCUGGGCUGCCAAGAUCGUCGCUGCCAACGGCGACCGAGACGGUGCCGAGUGCGACGCCGUCGAGGAGGAAAGCGAGGACGUCAGCGUCUUCUCCGAGGGCGACUGGUGCAAGUUAAACAGGCAAAUCAACUCGGCCCUCAGCUCUGCCGCUCGACGAUGGGCAUGCGACGGACGUGGCAACGUUGCCAGACAGGCCGUCCGACGACUCAAAAAAGUCAAGAACCAGUACGAGCGACGAUACUGUUAUUAA